AAUCGACCGGCCACGAUAGUGUGUCGGCUGGCGCGGAUAUUGGAAGGAUACAAGGGUUGACAUAUUUCAGAUGGAGCUGUUGGUGCGAUGGUCGUAUAUGGCCCCAGUCAAGAAGACUAUGAUAUCGAUAUUGGCCCGAUCCUCCUGAGUGAUUGGUUUCACACAGACUACUACUCGAUCGUCAAAACUGUCAUGUCGCCAAGUCCGCUGCCACCCAGGCCAAUGAGCGAUAACAACCUCAUACAAGGCAAAAUGAGCUUUAAUUGCAGCACAGCGACGGACAAGAUAGCGAAAUGCUCCGAGGAUGCCGGAGUGGCCCAGUUUCAUUUCCAGUCGGGGAAACGACAUCGACUACGUCUCAUCAAUACUGGAGCCGACGCCACCCAACAAUUCUCCAUUGAUGACCAUAGUAUGACGGUCAUUGCGAACGACUUUGUGCCCGUGGAACCAUAUGAUACCAACGUCGUCACCCUCGCGGUUGGUCAGAGGACCGAUGUCAUCGUCGAAGCCACUGGAGAUCCAAAAGGAGCGUACUGGAUUCGAAGCAACGCCACAUGCACAAGCUCCAACCAACCCUAUGCUUUGGCGGCCCUGUAUUACGAUGAUGCAGAUUUGACAGCCCUGCCCAAAUCUUCACCAUGGAGAUAUCAAAAUGUCGGCUGCGAUAACGAUCAGCUGGGUCAGACCGUCCCGCUAUACUCGAUUGACCCUGGCGAGCCUGCAAACACGAUGGUGUUGGACAUGACUGCCGGGAAAAAUGCGUCAGGGAUCUGGCUUUGGUACAUCAACAACUCAUCUUUCCGGACUGACUAUAAUGAGCCAAUUCUUCUUCUGACCAAAGACGGGAAAACUACAUACGACGAUCAACCAGAUUGGAACGUGUUUGAUACGGGGAAUUCCUCAUCGUAUCGUUUUGUGAUCAACAAUCAUACGCCGAAACCGCAUCCUAUGCACUUACAUGGUCACAACAUGUACAUCCUAGACGUCGGCAUCGGAAGUUGGAACGGGACCAUCAUUCGUCCCACCAACCCUCAAAGACGCGACGUGCAAAUGGUGCCUUCGAAUGGUUAUCUCGUUGUUCAAGCCGAUGCAGAUAAUCCAGGAUCCUGGGCGCUACAUUGUCACAUGGUUUUCCACGGAUCUGGUGGACUUGCCGUAGACAUCCUCGAGCGACCCGCAAUAAUCAAAGACAUGCAAAUCCCAGAAGACUCGUAUCAACUAUGCAAGGACUGGCAAGCAUUUUCAGCGACCGGUGAAGUGGACCAGAUUGAUGCGGGCUUGUGAAAGCAUUUCACAUAAGUCGGACAUUUCGCAACGGCUGCCUAUCUGAGGAUAGAAGAAGUAUAUGGAGUAUACGGGUACCUAAGUAGCCAUUUCCUCUUUUGGAAGAGGGAUGAUGUGGGCGGUUAAUUGGGAGCGAAUCGCAAGGCGUAUAUGAUGUCUUCAGG